GAAAACACAAUUAGCAAACCCUGUAAUCUGCACUAAUUACCGGGCCGGGCCAGGAGGUCUCCCCUCCGGCUGGCGACAGCUCGGGGACCAUGGGGGACACGGGGCCCGGGGGCCAGCGCCCACCCGGGGCCUCCUUCACCAUCGAGUACCUGCUGUCGGAGCGGGGUGACGGGGGACCCCGCAGCCCCUCUCCCCCCGGCCGGAGCCCCCCGCCAGCCCCCCGGCCCCCGCCGGAGCCCGGGGACAAGCCAUCGCAGUCCUACAUCGCCCUCAUCUCCACCGCCAUCCUCUCCUCCCCGGAGAAGAAGCUGCUGCUUUCCGACAUCUACCAGUGGAUCAUGGACAACUACCCCUACUUCAAGAACAAGGAGAAGAGCUGGCGCAACAGCGUCCGCCACAACCUCUCCCUUAACGAGUGCUUCGUCAAAGCCGGCCGCAGCGACAACGGCAAAGGCCACUUCUGGGCCAUCCACCCCGCCAACCUGGAGGAUUUCGCCAAAGGCGACUACCAUCGCCGGCGGGCCCCGGCGACGCGGUCCGCAGGGUGA